GCCCAAGCUAAAAAUACUGUUGAAAAUAGUAUAGAUAGCAAUAACAGUAUUUCAUCGACUAUACCAGCAAGGACAUAUAUAGAAAUAGAUAUUCAACAACAAAAAAUUGAUGACCUCAUAGAAUAUGCAAUCGAUUUGCCAGAUCCAAUACUUGCCAUAUUUAUAACUAUAAUUAAAAAACUUGCUCAAGAGCAAUAUACUCAACUGCAAUAUUUAAAAACGUGGAGUAAUUUAUUAAAUAUAGUUAAAAAUAUAGAUGAUAGUGAAUUAAAUCUUGUAGUAUCAUUAAUAAAUCUUAUGAAACAUAGGAACGGCCCUAAAGCUAGCAAGAUUUUUUCAAAAUAUUUGCAGCAGAAGGCAUAUAAUUUCGUUUGUCGUUUGAAUAGAAGUCAUAUUAAAUACAAAAAAAAAAAUAUUCAAAAAAUUAAUCGUCUACAAAAAACAAAAAAAAUUUUACAUGGUAAAAUUGGAAAGUCUAAACAAAUACGCAAACAACACAUCUCUAAAGUUCGUUCUAUAGCUCGCAAAGCACCUAAUAUAACUGAUAAGAAAUUAAAAUUAGCAAUUCAAGAUCGGCUUAUGUUAAAUAAAAAACAAUUUAGUGCUAAAACUGUCUCUAUGGCUACACAAAUUUGUGAAAUUAGAGAAAUGUCUUAUCGAUCCGCUGUAACUUGUAUGAAAAAGCAUCAAGAUGUAUCGAAUAUUCAUAUUAUUCAACAAUGUAAUAUUGCUAAACUUUCUAAAUGGUUUACUUUUGGAAUCAUGACAGACGAGUCAACACGUGGCGAUAGUAAAGUUUUUGUCAUAUGUUUUAUGUAUUGGGAUUUAGUUAGUAAUAAGCCAAAAGUUACUUUAUUGGAACUUCAAGAUUUAACUCAAUGUACUGGGACAUUAAUCGUGCAUACUGUUAUUAAAUCGUGUAAGCAAUAUCAACUAGACCCAACUAAAUAUUUAACUUGGACAACAAACAAUACGGCAUAUAUGUCAGAUUAUAAAAAUGGCAUAGUAGCUUUAUUUAAUAAGGAAAUUAAUUCAAAUUCGUUUAGAAUUUCUUGUGGGCUUCAUUCGGCAUAUAUAAUGAUAACAAAUUUUGAAAAUGCCACAUUCGGAAAGCUCAAAGUCAAAAAAGGAUUUUCAACUCAAAAACAUCCUUUUAAUUUACUAUACCUUAUUUGGCAAUUGCAUAACGGGUAUAGCGAAAGUAAUAAAGACAAUCCAAUAAAUAUGAAAUCGUCUUAUAUAUUUGAUUUAUAUGCUAAAUUAUUUGGAAUUCAAUUAUCUCAAUUUCAAAAACCUUUACGGCAACG